ACUCACCCUCCGCCAUGGCCUGGUGACCACCGGACAUUGCUCUGUUUUGGCCCGGAGCCAUCGAGUCCGGCUUUUGAGCUGAGCCAACAUCUGUAAUUCUCUCUUGGAACAUGUCAAGAAUGAGUGGAUUAGCAGUUCAGAACAGCGUCAACGCACUCCCUCAAGAAGAGGCGCUUCCUCGCGAGGAGGAGCCCGAGGAGGUCUCUCUUGAGGGUCUCUCUCUGGGGGAAAUCCCUUCUGAUUGGAACGGCCCUGAAGAAGACAUUUUCGACCAAAUCGACAAAGAAGAUGAUUCUACCCAGGGAGACGACUCUACCCAAGAAGACGACUCUAACCAAGAAGUCGAGCUCACCCUAGACGAGAUCCACCCCCACAAACAAUACAAUCCCCCGUCGGACACAGACAACUGCAGGGUGAGGGGAGACGAGUGUGCCAUCUGUCUUGAUGGAAUGAAGAAUAUCGUCAUACUGACUGAGUGCUGGCAUCCAUUUCACUAUGAUUGCCUCGUGAGCUGGCUAAAGAAGAAAUACAACUGUCCAACAUGUUUGAGGAGAGUGGACCUGAGGAAGGUGGAGUUGUAUUGGGUUGAAGGAAGGGAUCAAUGGGAGACUUUGCCGAGCCAGGGGCUGGAGAGUGUUCAUGAUGAGUUGGUGGGAUUGCAUACCUAGGUUAGGAGUUGGGGACUUCACAGCAUUGCCCUGGAAGGGUUGAGCUUGUGGAUGAUUGGGAAAGAUAGCUCGCUGCUGGGGUGUUUUAGGUCGAAUAUCUGGAAUCUUUGACAUUGAUCAUGCCC